AUGGCUAUCAAACAAAUAGUAAGGUACUAUGGUGAUGUCCAUGAUAGUUAUGAUGCUACCUCAGGUGUGAUGGACCUUCUCCAUGCAUUAUAUAAUGGAAACGAUCCGGGAACGGGUAUAAGAUACUUUUCAAUCUGGGGAACUAAUCUAUUAGGACCUAGAUUACCUCAGAUAUUCGUCGAUUAUAGUAUAUUGAUGCAGAAUAAUUUAUUCGGUGAUUAUCCAAAACCUAGUGAUGUAGUACCUUCCGCUAUAUUUGCAGGAAUUUUCUUGUUGUUGAUGGUUAUGCACUUAGGACUUUAUAUUGUGAAUUUAACUAGAAAACAUUAUUUCCACUUUAAUUUAUUUUGGGCAGUCUACUGUGCUACAAGGGCGAUAAGUUUUGUAACGAGAAUAACAUGGAGUUAUCAUAUAAUUAAUGUUGAUAUGGGUUUGGCAAAUGAAAUUCUUUUAGUCAUCUCCUCAGUAUUGGUUGUGCCUUCUAAUUUGAUUUUGACUCAACGAUUGUUUACUUGGAGACAUCCUGUUGGUGGUUCCAGAAGAUUAUUCACUUAUUUUAUGUGGUCAUUGUAUGCAUUGGUGGCUGGAGUUGUUGCAAUGACAGUCGUUGCGUCAGUGAAACCCUAUAUUACGAAUUUGAGUGUUCGUAAUUUUUUAAAUUUUAAGAUUUGUGUUAUGGUUUCAGCAGUAUUGAUUAUUGUUUACUCAUUAACGGCUAUUUUCUUAUUGUUGUUAUCAUAUUUUUUCAAACCAACAAGAAAGGAUGAAAACUUAUAUACAUAUCAGCCAUGGUGGAUCGAGUCAUUUCAUCCAUUUUAUUUUGUCAAGAAAGGUGCCAAAGAAGAAGCUGAAGAAACAUUCAUGAAAAGAAACCAUAAUCAUCGUCAUGCUAUAAGAGUCAUUGCAGCUACUCAUCAUCAUUACAACAUGGUGGAAGGUUUGACCAAUCAAAGAGGUAAUUUGGAGCAUAAUAAGUCAAUCUUAAUCAUAUCCAUAUCAACACUUUUCUUAUUCGUUGCAGCAGUUUUAAGAGCUAUAGUUGUAUUUCAAUCAAAUAAAGUAAUCAAUCAAAGUGUUGUUGCCCAUGCAUCUGUCAUGUAUGUAUUCUGGGGAGGUUUUGAAGUUAUAAUAAAUUUGCUAUUCUUAUUUGGUAGAGUUGAUUUGAGAUUCUACCGUCCAGAUAAAUUACCUAAGAAAGUUAGAAGUAUCAUCACCGCUGAACAAUCUGUUACAUUAUCAAGAAUACAAAGUAGCGAUGAAAGUUAUGACGAUGAUGAUGACUUCAUGACUGACGAAUACUCCCGUGAAUAUACCAAAGAUAAAAAACCAGGUUUCAGUAGUAAUGAUGAUACCCCAAUAAAUAAUGGUUACGAAUCGAAGCUCAGUGUCCCAGAGAGUGUCAGUGAUAAUGAAUCAGAAUUCCAUUUUUGA